GUCCCGGGGCGGAGCGGAGCGAAGGAAGGGGCAGCGGGAGGUUGAGGAGGAGGAGGAGGAGGAACGGGGGGGUGACACCGGGAACCGGGGAGGGGGGGGGGUGUGACACCGGGAGUAGCUUGGCGGGGGGGUGGGGGGGAUAACGGCGGAGCCCCCCACAUGGCUCGGGACAAGGAGAAGCGGAGCUGCGGGCAGGUGCUGGCCGAGUGGAGGGCCUUCGUGUGGGACCCCCGGAGCCGCCAGUUCCUGGGCAGAACUGGCACCAGUUGGGGCCUGAUCCUGCUCUUCUACCUGGUUUUCUACGGGUUCCUGGCCGGGCUCUUCGCUCUCACCAUGUGGGUGAUGCUGCAGAGCGUCGACCCCCACGUCCCCAAGUACCAGGACCGGCUGGUCACCCCCGGGAUGAUGAUCCGCCCGCGCGCCGAGGGGCUCGAUGUCACCUUCAACGUCACCCAGAGCCAGACCUGGCGGCACUACGUCCGCGCCCUGCACCAGUUCCUCGAGCCGUACAACGACAGCGUGCAGGCCGCCCGCAACGCCGCCUGCGUCCCCGGCCGCUACAACGAGCAGCCGGACGACAGCGUCCCCAACUACCCCAAACGCGCCUGUCGCUUCAACCGCUCCCUGCUGGGGCCCUGCGCCGGCCUGGCCCCCGCCGACGACUACGGCUACGGCGCCGGCACCCCCUGCGUCCUCCUCAAGGUCAACCGGGUCAUUAACUUCUUCCCGGGGAUGAACAAGAGCAUCAACGUCGCCUGCGCCGCAAAGCGGGAGGAAGACGCCGCCCUCCUGGGCCCCCUCCAGCUCUUCCCCCCCAACGGCUCCAUCGACCUCAUGUAUUUCCCCUACUACGGCAAGAGAGUCCAUGUGAGCUCCCGGGGGGGGGCACAUGGGGGGGGG